AUUGUUCGACUUCCCUGUUUGUACCUAGCAAUUGUAAAUUACGUAAUUCGAAAUUUUACUACAAUACAAAUAAAAUCCUUCGUUGAAUUUAUUUGCAAAAUCAUGGUGGAUGUACAAAUAUUUUCAACAAAAACCGAACUGCAAACUAGCACCGGAAAAUUCAUAGCAAAAAAAGCGCGAGAAGCCAUUUUGGACCAUGGAUAUUUUUCUAUAGCUUUCUCCGGCGGAAGUGUUGCCAGCAUUGCACCAGCUGGCUUGUUGGAACUACCAGACGUUCUUAAUUUGGACUUUUCCAAAUGGAAAAUCUACUUCUGCGACGAAAGGUACGUGGAACUUUCUCAUUCUGACAGCAACUAUAAUGCUGUGAACCAGAAUUUCAUAUCCAAAGUAAAGGGCAUAUUAAAGCAGAACAUUUAUACCAUCAACCCAAAUUUAUCAUUGGAAGAAGCUAGAAAGGACUAUGAGGACAAACUUAAGUCGAGUCUAGAUGAUGGGAAAAGCAUUGACUUACUUUUGAUCGGCAUGGGACCGGAUGGCCACAUAUGCUCAUUGUUUCCUGGUCAUCGACUCCUUGAUGUUUCAGAUUGUUUGGUUGCAUCAAUAGCCGAUUCUCCAAAACCACCAUCAUGCCGUAUAACUCUAACUUAUGCAGCUGUCAAUUCUGCAAAAUGUGCUCUGUUUAUUGUUGCUGGUAGCGGAAAGGCUGUUGUUGCUCAGAAAGUGUUAGAAGAGAAUGAAAAUAACACUAUUCCCGCAGCCAGAGUGAAAUUGACAAGUGGUACCACUCACUGGUUUCUGGACAGUGAUGCUGCAAGCCAUUUGACUCAGAAAAAGUAAUAUUUUGUUCAAAGAAACUGAGUUCAAUGUAAAUUCUGUAUUCAAUUUGUUUUUCUCAAUAAAUGAAUGAUGCAGCUGAAA